AGGACCGGUAGUAACUGAAGAUGUAGUCUGCGAGUAGGCGGAGAAUUCCGCCCCCUGGGAGCAGAGUGGCCAAAGCUCCCUCCCAGCCUCCAGGAGUGGGGGAGGCGGGCUGAGUUUGGUGGGAAACGCUGUAAUUUCCUUUUUUUACUUUCACGGGCGAGUGUGCAAAAUCCAGAAUGGAUGUCCUCUUUGUAGCCAUCCUUGCGGUGCCACUUAUCCUGGGCGUUCCAGAUGCUGGACCUAUGGUUCUUGUGCCAAUAGGACAAGAAUAUGAGGACGAAGAAGGACUGGAAGAAGAGGAUUACUAUCAGGUGGCCUAUUAUUACACAAUCACCCCCAAUUAUGAUGACUUUGGUGUGAAUUUCACCAUUGAUUACUCCACGUUUGAGCUGGAGGACAGGUUGGACACAUUAGAUAAGGAGGUGACAACAGAAGCAGUAGAAACCACCAUUAGUCUCGGGACAGAAGGCGCAGACCACACGAAGCCUGUAACUGUGAAACCAACAACAAUGGAUACAGUGAAACCAGCAACAAUGGAUACACAGAGUCCAGUUCUGGAUGGUGCUGUGUCCGGUCUGCGGAACCCUGUUUCCCUCCUCCUGCCAUGCGUCCUUGUUCUGGGAGGGAUGUAUUUCAUGUAGAAGGUGAGAGAAUGCUGCUAUGACUCUUUGGAUGGGGGCCUGGCAAGAGAAAAUUGGAAGAUAAAAUAUAUAAUAAAUGAAAUAAUCUGGUUAC